GAAUGACUCACACAGACGCGCAGACAAAUUGACGGCAGUCCCGCCAAGCAUUCCGCGCCCUGGUUGAGCUGCAGGCGAUUAUAAGAGUCUGCUUGAGGAUGGGGGCAACUGAAAGUAAGCUUGCUUUUCGAAAGAGUGUCUUCCAACUUUACGAACAGAAGUCUUGCCAAUUCUCGGCUGCGUUCAUAUACGUUUCUAUGGCAACAUGAAAGUUGACCGACAAGAGACUCGUCGCGAACAAACCAUCAAACACACUCACAAAGUACAGGCGAUCAUUCCCACUAUGGCAUCCGAAAAGGCACAAGAGUUGAUGGACCAAAUCCGCCGCGAGGUGGCCAUGCAAAACUUUCAAGAACUCUUGUCCAAAAUCAAUACAAAAUGCUUUGCAAAAUGCGUAACAAAACCCGGAACAAAGCUCGAUAGUUCAGAACAGACUUGUCUGCAACGAUGCUCGGACCGAUACCAAGAAGCUUGGAAUGUGGUAUCAAACACGUAUCUUCGAAGAGCUCAAAAAGAGAAUGCUUUGUAGAGAGUUUUUUUGGCGUCCUUGCAUAAUAGAAAAUAGUUCUGGAGCAGA